UAAAUCAUGACAACGUGGUACAACUCAUUGAGAUCUCUAGAAGUAAAGCAACCCCAUACAAUCGCUACAAGAGCACAUUCUACUUGGUGUUUGAGUUCUGCGAGCAUGAUCUGGCUGGUCUCCUUAGUAACGUCAAUGUCAAGUUCAGUCUCGGGGAGAUCAAGAAAUGUAUGCAGCAACUUCUCAAUGGACUCUACUUCAUUCACAGUAAUAAGAUUCUUCACAGAGACAUGAAAGCUGCAAAUAUCUUACUAACUAAAUCAGGGGUUUUAAAAUUGGCAGAUUUUGGACUUGCCCGUGCGACCACAUCUAAAGGCCAGGUCGCGAGAUAUACCAAUCGUGUUGUGACCUUGUGGUAUAGACCCCCAGAGUUGUUGCUAGGUGAAAGGGAUUAUGGUCCCCCGAUUGAUCUCUGGGGUGCUGGUUGUAUAAUGGCGGAAAUGUGGACCCGUAGUCCAAUCAUGCAAGGCAACACAGAGCAACAUCAACUGACAUUAAUAAGCCAGCUUUGUGGGUCAAUCACACCUGAAGUCUGGCCAGGUGUAGACAGUCUUGAACUAUUUACAAAACUUGAGCUUCCACAGGGCCAAAAACGUAAAGUGAAAGAGAGGCUGAAGGCAUAUGUUCGGGACCAAUGGGCUUUGGAUUUAUUAGAUAAGCUACUCACCCUUGAUCCCACUAAGAGAAUGGACAGUGACACUGCGUU